CACGCUGCUCAGCUCAGAGUAUAUACACACGGAGACAGGGUGAGCACCACAGACACUGCUUGCCCUCCGACUAGGAAAAGUUAGAGCCACACGGCGCUGUUCAUUCACGGACUCAAUACAAGUCCGGAUACUUUGGCAAAAGCUUUGUGAACUGUUAGAGCUCACCGCCGAACAAUCGACCAUCGCUGGGUGAACGAAGUAAGUCCUGAUUCCUGUGUCAAGAGAGCACGCACUCAAAGUUUGGAAGUUUUUACGCGCAGAGAGGACGUUUGGAAACCAGUGUUUUCCUCAGUAACCAGGAAGAAGAGAAGGGGGGACGAAGAGUUGUUUUUGUAGAAGACUUUGUAGCUACGCUUGUCUUUGGUUCAUGUAUACCAAGAUGGAAACUACUUUCUAUGACGACUCACUCAACGCUUUCUCCCAGCACGACAACGCCGGCUACGGAUACAGCAACCACAAAGCGCUGAAACACAACAUGACACUGAACCUCACCGACCCGACGGGCUCUCUGAAACCUCACCUCCGCGCCAAAGCCAGCGACAUCCUCACCUCACCCGAUGUGGGUCUGCUGAAGCUGGCCUCCCCGGAGCUGGAGCGGCUCAUCAUCCAGUCCAGCAACGGACUCAUCACCACCACGCCGACCCCGACCCAGUUCCUGUGCCCCAAGAACGUCACCGACGAGCAGGAGGGCUUCGCGGAGGGGUUCGUGCGAGCACUGGCCGAGCUGCACCACCAGCACAUGCCGGCCCCGGCUAGUGUCAGUGUCACCUCCGCGCCUCAGACCAGCGUCAACACCGCCCUGCCGCCGGUGUCAUCUGUUGCCGGUGCCACCGUUUACAACAACAACGCCGCCAUGCGCUCCGACUCGCCGGUUUAUGAGGACUUGAACACUUUCAACCCGGCUAUCAGCACCGUCUCUGCACCCAACUACACCACCUCGGCUCCAGCCAUGUCCUUCUCCGCUGCCCCGCCUCAGCUCCCCAUCUACGGCCAGCCCUCCUCCGCCCAGCUCCCCCGGAUCGCGGCGCUCAAAGAAGAGCCCCAGACCGUGCCUGAGAUGCCGGGGGAGACGCCUCCUCUCUCCCCAAUUGACAUGGAGAGCCAGGAGCGCAUCAAGGCAGAGAGAAAGCGGAUGAGGAACCGCAUUGCUGCCUCCAAAUGCCGGAAGAGGAAGCUGGAGCGGAUCUCAAGGCUGGAGGACAAGGUGAAGAACCUCAAGUCCCAAAACUCCGAGCUGGCGUCCACGGCCAACAUGCUGCGAGAGCAGGUGGCCCAGCUGAAGCAGAAGGUGAUGAACCACGUUAACAGCGGGUGCCAGCUCAUGUUAACGCAGCAGCUCCAGACCUUCUGAGGUGCGUGUCAGCGGCGGCGGAGAGAGCGAACAGACUGUGGUUGAAAGAACCGGACGCUUCCUGUGAUCGUGAAUGGCUGUCUCCUGAAUUCGUGGCGGGAUUCGGGAUGAUUUGGCGCGACACUGGCAGGACCGGGGGACGCACUCAAGUUCCUGAGUGCCACGCUCCCCGGUGGCGCGUCCAAGAGAUGGGCUCGGGACAGUGACAGUAGCCGUGAACCGGAGGGGACAUGGCAACAAGCAGGAUACCUUUCUGUUUCUGUUUCGUGCUGUAUUUUUUCUUACAGACCUGGAGAGGACUGAAGUUUUCUUGAUUUACACCCAGCUCUGCAUGGACCUUAUCACGACCAUCAAAGACGUUCAGUAUUAGAGGUUUUAAGAAACUGCAAUAGAGACUUUUCUUGCUGUAGCCAUAAAGGCCUCAUAUCUGGGCGUGUUGGUCAACUCUAAACGGCUGAAAAGUUGUAACAAAUGCUGCCUGACUUCUGAGUUACAUUACAAAGAACUUUUUUUUUUCUUUAUUAUAAGAAGUUAAGUUAGAAAAGCUUCAAGAUCUACUUGUUUUUUUCUAAAGUUGUUUAAUGGGGUUUAACUCAUUGUUAUGUGUAUAUAAGAUCAACUUGGAGUACUUAUAUUUACCAUUUGUAAUACGAAUACUGUAUAAUUUUUUAUUAUGUUGUUGUUUUCUGAGUACUUCAGAAACUAAUCAAUAUUUAAGAAAAUAAACCCGAUAAAAUGAA